AUGCUGCCGCAAUCAUCCUCCUCCUUCUCGCGCCUCGUCUCCCGCGCCGCCAUCCGCACCCUGCGCACCGCCGCCGCCGAAACCGUCCCGUCAACGUCCAUCAAGGUCCUCCGGCUCGUCGACGCCGUGCGCCAAUGGCGAAGGCCUCACCUAACAAACUUCCGCUCCGUCGGCCUCGUGCCCACCAUGGGCGCCCUGCACGAGGGCCACUUCUCGCUCAUCCGCGCCGCCGCCCGCGAGAACCACCACGUGGUCGUCAGCAUCUACGUCAAUCCGGCCCAGUUCGGCAUUAAAGAAGAUCUCGCCUCGUAUCCCGUAACAUGGGACUCUGACGUCGCCGCGCUGGCCCGCCUCGACCGCGAGUUCGCCGACGACGGGGCUAACCUGGGCCGCAUCUCGGCCGUCUUCGCGCCUUCCACCGCCGAGAUCUAUCCGUCUGGUUUCCCGGGUCAGGAGAUUGACAGCAAGGGCAGCUUCGUCACCAUCACGCCUGUGGGUGAGGUCCUCGAGGGCGCCAGCAGGCCGACCUUCUUCCGCGGCGUCGCGACGAUCUGCAUGAAGCUCUUCAACAUUGUCCAGCCCGACCGCGUCUACUUUGGCCAAAAGGACGUCCAGCAGACCGUCGUCAUCAAGCGCAUGGUCAAGGACUUUAUGAUGCCCACCGAAGUCGUCGUCUGCCCAACCACCCGCGAAGCCGAUGGUCUUGCUCUAAGCUCUCGAAAUGUCUACCUCGGCACGCGCCGCCGCCACGUCGCCGUCGUGCUGAGCAAGGCGCUGCGUGCUGCCCAGGAGGCCUACGACAGCGGCAAGCUGAGCCGCGGCGACGUCCUCGGUGCCGCAAACAAUGUCGCCGAUAGCAUGCUUCAGGCUCAGAAGGAGCUCCCGCCUAACCAGCGGGUUACUUACGAGGUCGAUUACAUCUCCCUGGCCGACCCUGACACGCUGCAAGAAGUCGAUACGGUAGACCCGGCGAAGGGAGCCGUUCUUAGCGGCGCCAUCAAGAUGCUGCCUGUGGAGGAACCGCAAAAUGGAGAGGAUCUGGGACAUUCUGGAGGCCCGGCGGUAAGGCUGAUUGACAACAUCAUCUUGCCGCCCAAGGCCCAGUAA